AUGUCAAAUCAGCAUUUAAACUUGAAAAGCGAGGACCCAACAUUGAUUGAAACUCAUUCAUCCACAGUCUUGGAUGAAAAGGUCCUGAACGAUGAAGUAAAGAUUGAUCUUCGAGACAACCUGACACCUCACAAUGAUCCCAGCAACCCAUUUGCAUUUGUACCUGAGCAGCUGUCGUCUCUGAUGGACCCCAAAAACGUACCCUUGCUACGCAUCUAUGGCGGUCUGGAAGGCGUAGCUCGUGGUCUUCAUGUCGACCUGGCAUCUGGCUUAACACCAAAUGCACCUGCGCAUCAAAACAUUACACUAGAUCAAGUUAUUAGAGACAAGGACGAUUCUGUCUAUGUGGAGGAAAUCGAAUUCAAGCGAACUCCUACUGUGCAUUCAUUGGGCGGCAGACAGUUGACCCAUCGAACAGACGCUACUGUACCAGCUCCUGAUCUAACUGCAUUUCCUCAGAGAAAGGCUGUGUUUGGCGCUAAUGUACUACCUGAGACUGAAUCAAAGAGCAUAUUUGCAUUGAUGUGGAUUGCCUUCCAAGACAAAACCCUGAUUCUACUGGCUAUUGCUGCUGUCGUCUCUCUCGGUGUUGGCCUGUACGAAGACAUUGCUGUUCCUGAAUACGACACCUUUGGUAACCGUAUCCCUGGUGUCAAGUGGGUGGAAGGUGUCGCUAUUAUUGUGGCCAUCUUGCUGGUUGUUCUGGUCGGUAGUGUCAAUGACUAUCAAAAGGAGAAGCAGUUCCGGAAAUUGAACGCAAAGAAGGAAGAUCGUGCUGUCAAGGCAACUCGUGAGGCUACUGUUAGCAUGAUUUCUGUGCAUGACAUUCAGGUCGGUGAUAUUCUUCACCUGGAACCAGGAGACAUUGUGCCUGUGGAUGGUAUCUUUAUCGAGGGCCACAAUCUCAAAUGCGAUGAAUCUGCUGCUACUGGUGAAUCAGAUGCUGUGCGCAAACAGAACUGGCAAAUGUGCGAACGAUUGGCCAAUGCUCACACUGCAACUACGCAUGCUUCUUCGUCUUUUUCUUCUUCUGAAUUGGGUGUCAAGACAAAGGCUCCUAUUGUCUCUACUGAACACAAGUCUGUCCCCGAUCCGUUCAUCAUCUCUGGCUCCAAGGUUCUGGAAGGUGUCUGCACUUACCUCGUGACAAGCGUAGGCGAGAAUUCCUACUAUGGCCGCACCAUGAUGGCCCUGCGUUCUGAGCCCGAGAGUACGCCACUGCAAGAAAAGCUGAACGCCCUGGCUGAAUUGAUUGCGAAGCUGGGCUCUGCUGCUGGUUUACUGAUGCUGAUUGUCCUGUUGAUCCGCUACUUUGUGACAUGGAAGGACGGUGUGCCUGACCAGCCUACAGCCAUUGUCAUGGACAUUAUGAAGAUCUUGAUUGUGGUCGUUACUAUUGUCGUGGUUGCUGUUCCUGAAGGAUUGCCGCUAGCCGUGACAUUAGCGCUUGCUUAUGCAACCCAGCGCAUGCUCAAGGAUAACAACUUGGUACGUGUACUAGCUGCAUGCGAGACCAUGGGUAAUGCCACUACGGUGUGCUCUGAUAAAACAGGUACCUUGACUCAAAACAAGAUGACGGUGGUUGCGGGCACAUUUGGAUCGUCCUAUCGCUUCAUCAGCAAUCCACCUGCAUCCCGCUCCGAUCUCGUUAAUAUCAAGAACGUAGCUACUACUGCUCCUAAAGAAGUUUUAAACAUGAUCAAUCAGUCCAUCGCUGUCAAUUCAAAUGCGUUUGAAGGCGAAAACGAAAAAGGAGAGCCUUGCUUUGUAGGCAAUAAGACAGAAACCGCUCUCUUGCAGUUCUCCCGUGACAUCAAAGCUGAGCAUUAUGACACACUUCGAUCUCGUUGGCCCAUUGAGCAAGUCUAUCCAUUUAGUUCUGAACGCAAGGCUAUGGCUACUGUACUACAAAUUCCUCACCCAUCUGAUCCGGACCAAGUUAUGUACCGUGUGCAUGUCAAGGGCGCAUCAGAAAUCAUUCUGGGUCUCUGCUCAAACAUUUUAUCGUUACAAAAGUCGUCUGCUCAAGUCUCCAACGAUGAUUACAGUGGUGCUAAUACCCGUGAACUCACAGGCGAUGAUGAGAGUAGAAUUGAACGCGUCAUCCAGAGCUAUGCCACCAAGAGUCUUCGCACCAUCGGCAUUGCUUAUCGUGAUUUCGAGCAGUGGCCUCCCGGGGGACCUAGAGCCAAUGCAGAUGAUGAUGUACCUUACGACGAUAUUGUUAGAGAUAAAGGCCUCACUUUCCUUGGUGUUGUUGGUAUCGAAGAUCCUCUUCGUGAAGGGGUACCUGAAGCUGUACAAGCAUGUCAACGUGCAGGUGUAUUUGUCCGUAUGGUCACUGGCGAUAAUCUCGUCACUGCAAAGAGCAUUGCAAAGCAGUGUGGCAUCUAUACUCCUGGUGGUAUCGUCAUGGAAGGCCCUGUCUUUAGAAAACUGCCUCAAUCUGAAAUGGACAACGUCUUGCCUCGUCUGCAAGUGUUGGCUCGUUCUAGCCCUGAAGACAAGCGUAUCCUUGUCAGCCGCCUGCGUGAACUGGGUGAUAUUGUUGCUGUAACGGGUGAUGGCACCAAUGAUGGCCCUGCCUUGAAAAUGGCUGAUGUGGGUUUCUCUAUGGGUAUUGCUGGUACUGAAGUCGCCAAGGAAGCCUCCAGUAUCAUCUUGAUGGAUGAUAACUUUUCAAGUAUCGUGAAGGCCAUUAUGUGGGGUCGCUGUGUAAACGACGCCGUCAAGAAGUUCUUGGAGUUCCAGAUUACUGUCAACAUUGUUGCUGUGAUCUUGACUUUUAUCUCUGCUGUUGCUAGUACGGAUCAAAAGUCUGUCCUUACCGCUGUUCAACUGCUCUGGGUCAACUUGAUUAUGGAUACAUUUGCUGCUCUUGCAUUAGCUACAGAUCCACCCACUACAGAAUUACUGAACCGUAGACCCGAGCCUCGCUCUGCUCCUUUGAUUACAUUCAAGAUGUGGAAGAUGAUUAUCGGACAAGCCAUCUUCCAGCUGGUGGUGACCCUGGUGCUCUUGUACAGCAAUGUGCUCAACUACUCUACUGAUAAUGCUGUGUUGCAGACAGUGGUAUUCAACACCUUUGUGUUUUGUCAAAUUUUUAACGAAGUCAACUGCCGCAGAAUUGAUAGCCAUAUCAACGUCUUCACCAACAUCCUCGCCAACAAGUUUUUCAUUGGCAUCUUCUUCAUCUGUGUGCUUGGCCAAGUCGUCAUUGUUCAAUUCGGUGGUGCUGCCUUCCAAGUCGUUGCUCUUGAUGGACCUCACUGGGGCAUUGCUAUUGUAAUUGGCUUCUUGUCUCUUCCCAUCGGUGUGGUGAUUCGUCUCAUUCCUGAUGAUAUCUUUGGUUUCUUGUUCUUCAACCCUGCAACUCGUGAAAAGUAUCUCGGGGGUAAUGAAAACUGUGUUCCCUCAGUCUAUGUUGCAGGAAACGAGCGUGUGCCCUGGAAUUCUAAUGAGAGAUCAAAUACGAUGCAUUCUCGUUCUUCCAAACAUAAUGGUGCUCAUUCAUUUGCAUCUGGUUCUAUUCGUAGCUUAGAGUAA